GGGUGGAGGGAAGUGGGAAAAUGGGAGGGAAGAAAAGGGGGAGGAGCAGGGAGAUUCAUUCAUCCACUUUCACAAGUUGUUGGUAUAUAAUGGGGGAGAAGCCAGAAGUUUCAGAGUGAAGGCUGCUGUAGGGGAAAGCCAUGCCAAAGGGAGAAGGCCCAGCCCUGGAACCAGAAACAGGCAUGGGAAUGCUACAGGAAGGAGGCAGUGACUACAGGACCAAUCACAGCGCCAGAAGAGACCUAAGGAAGAUGAACUCGGCUGUCACUUUCUGUGCACUCUUGGCUUUCAUUCUUGCUAUACUCAUGGCCUAUCUUCUUGUAGACAACUUCAGAUCACAACAGGACAUGUGUGCAACGGGUCAGUUUCUGAGGGCAAGGGAAUCUGACCGGUUACGCCAACGAGCUUAUAUACCCCCCAGGUUUAAUACAGAUAAGCCGAGAGCACACCUGACAGCUGUUCGACAGAAGUCUAUGACUCCCAUGAAAGAUUCAUGGCCGGCGCUCCAGUGGGAACAUAAACUUGGCUCUGCCUUCAUCAAAAACCAAAUGAAUUACACCAACAACUUCCUGGUGAUCCCAGAGUCGGGAGACUACUUUGUUUAUUCACAAGUUACUUUCCGAGGCAGCACGCCAGAGUGCGGUAAAAUCAACCAAAAGAAUCGGUCCACCAAGCCCAAUUACGUAACCCAGAUCAUCACCAGAGUUACUGACAGAUACCCGGAGCCAACACAGCUUUUAACAGGGACCAAGUCAAUCUGUGAGAUAGGCAGCACGUGGUUUAUUCCAAUUUACCUGGGGGCUGUCUUUCCUAUGCAGGAGGGGGAUAAGCUGAUGGUGAAUGUCAGUGACAUUUCUCUUGUGGAUUAUACCAAAGAAGACAAAACAUUCUUUGGGGCUUUCCUGUUAUAAGGACUAAGGAAGUUGUCGCUGUGAAAGAAUAUUCUGUUUUCAUUGAAUAUUUCCAAUUCCUAAUUUUAAUCAUUUGUUUGUACUUAAACCCAGAAUACUUCAUGAAGGGGGAGGGGGGAGAAGGGGAGAGAAAUUCCACUGUCUGUAGUUUAGGUGGGAAGUUUUGAGCUAGGAAAGCACUUUAUAAUAUGCCUAAAAGAUGAGAAUUCUAAGCAAGAUAGCAAGAGAAAGUGUCAUGGAACACAGAACCUCAGAAGUAGAAGAGAUCGUGGGGCAUAGAAUGCUGAGUUAGAAGUAACCUUAAAACACAGAAUGUCAGGAUUUGAAGAAACUUCAGAACACAGAAUUCUUUAGCCAGAAGGAAACUUAAAAUGCAGAAUGUCCAAGCUAGAAGGAAGCUUAGAUAACAAAAUGCUAGAAUACAGAUCAGAACUAGAAGGGGCCGUUUUAUAAAUUAUCUAUUCUAACCCCUUGAUGUUUUACGUGGGGAAACUGAGGUCUGAAGAAGGGAAAUGACUCACUCAAAGUCACACAGUCAGCUGAUAGAAAAGCAGAAAGAUUACUACUUGAAUAGCCCCUGAGGGGAAAAGUAGGUACUAGGGAAGGAAAUAAGCACUUAAAUAGCUCCUCUGUAUUCCAGGCAUAAUAUAAAUAUAAUCUCAUUAGAUCCUCACAACAAUCCUAGGGGAAUGUACUAUAAUUAUUAUUCC